AUGUCCACCCAUACUAUUGAUCUCCUUACCGGCUUGAACAACGCCCAAUCCGAAGCGGUGUUGUGCACUGAGGGUCCGCUGCUCAUAGUGGCCGGCCCGGGAAGCGGCAAGACACGCGUGGUUACCCACCGCAUCGCCCACCUGGCGCGAGAAUGCCACGUCAGCCCCUACCGGAUAGCCGCCGUCACCUUCACCAACAAGGCAGCGCGGGAAAUGCGGGACCGCAUUGCGACCUUGCAGGUGCCCGAUUCCGACUCCGUCUUUGCCGGCACCUUCCAUGCCUUCUGCGCCCGCAUGUUGCGCCGCUUCGGUGAAGGAGUGGGCCUGGACUCGAACUACACCAUUUACGACUCCGACGACCAGUUCGGCUUGAUAAAACAGGCAAUGCAAAUGGCCGACGUCGAUGAAAAGCUUAACCACCCCCGGGCCAUGCAAGGCAUCAUAUCCGGAGCCAAGAGCGUCCUGAUGGACUCGGUAGGCCUGGCCAAGCAGGCUCAGUUUGAGGACGAGCUCUCCAAAGAGAUGGCCGCCCGGGUCUACCACUAUUACGAGGAAUUGCUGGGUCGCAGCAACGCGGUCGAUUUUGACGAUCUGCUGAUGCGGGCUGUGCAACUGCUGCAAGAGAACGCCGACGUCAAGGAAGAAUACCAGCGGCGUUACCACUACCUGAUGGUGGACGAGUUCCAGGACACCAACAUCGCCCAAUACCGACUGGCCCGACUCCUAACCGGCCCCGACCAGAACAUUUGCGUGGUCGGCGAUCCGGACCAGUCCAUCUAUUCCUGGCGAAACGCCGACAUCAGAAACAUACUAAGCUUCCAGAAUGACUAUCCCGACGCCAGGGUCAUCACCCUGGAACAGAACUACCGCUCAACCCGGAACAUCCUGGACACGGCCAGCUCCCUGAUAGCCAACAACGGUAUGCGGGUGCCCAAGGAGUUAACUACCGAAAACGCGGCCGGAGCUGACGUGGUAAUCCACGAGGCUUACACCCAGGAGGAAGAGGCAGACUUUGUGGGCAAGGAGAUAUUGGAACUUGCCCGCAGAGAUCGGAUUAAGCCAGGCAGUUGUGCCGUAAUGUACCGCAUCAACUCCCAGUCGCGGUCCGUGGAAGAAGCUUGCCUCAGGCUGGGCAUCAAGUACCGAAUAAUUGGUGGCGUCCAGUUCUACCGCCGCAGAGAAAUCCGGGACCUGAUGGCCUAUCUCUGUGUACUUCACAAUCCCCAGGAUGACGUAAACCUGGCGAGGGCGAUCAACACCCCAGCGCGGGGCAUUGGGGACAAAACCAUCCAGGACCUGAGAAGCUGGUCGCUCAGUAAACGCUUGUCCGUGUUCGAGGCCAUUACCGCCGUUUCUCAGGCCAAGAGCGCCGGCCUCCCCUGUCCUGCUCCCCUGGCUGCCCGAGCCUACACCGCAGUGGCCCGAUUCGGAGACCUGUUGGGCAGAUUCAGCGAUUUGAAGGCCAAGCUGCCCAUGUCCGACCUGAUUGAUCUCCUGGUCAAGGAAGCGGGUCUGGAAGCUCACAUCAGAAAGACCGACACCAAUCCCGAAGAACGAAUGGAAAACAUCCAGGAGUUCAUUUCGCUUGCGGCGGAGUACGAGUCGGAUUCACCCGAAGACGACCUGUCGGCAUUUCUGGAGCGCGCGUCUCUCGUAGCAGAUGUGGACAACUACGAAGAGUCGGAAGAUACCCUGACCCUGAUCACUUUGCACCAGGCCAAGGGACUGGAGUUUCCCGUGGUAUUCAUUGUGGGCCUGGAAGAGGGCCUGCUGCCCCACAGCCGUUCCAUGGACAGCAACGCAGAGUUGGAAGAGGAACGGCGCCUGUGCUACGUGGGAAUUACCCGGGCCAUGGAGCGGUUAUACCUGGUCCGUGCUUUCCAGAGGCGAAUGUGGGGAAAUACAUCCGCUACUCUUCCGUCCCGGUUCCUGGAGGAGAUUCCCGAGAAUCUGAUCAGGUACGCCCGUUCACCGGGAGCAGUUACCGUCCCCAGCACGUCCUCCCGUACUGGCUACGACCGGAGCCUCACCACCUGGGAGAGCACGGCUGUCGACCAGGAACCCAAGGACCCAGUUUACGUACCGGAAGUAGGCCACACGGUGAAACACGACAAGUUUGGCAGUGGCCUGGUCGUAUCGUGCGAGGAAUGGGGCAGCGACUACCAGGUAGAGGUUUGCUUUGAUGGCGGUGAACUCCGACGCCUGCUGUUGAGUUACGCCCGCCUGGAAAAGGUGGAAUUUUACUAA